AAAAAAAUGAUUGAGGAUGAUGAAUCUGAUGGCUUCUUUUAAUUCAAACUUUAGAAAAAGAUUAAGAAGCAUAGAAGCAUACCUUUAAGAAUAUAAAAACAUUAUGAAUCCUUAAACUUAAUGCAGAUCAAGGCAACCGAUUAAGAAUCCUCUAUUCUCUCUUUGAUCAAUAAGCGGAUUGAAUGUAAUAUUUAGCAGUAUAUUCUCUAGUCUAUUCCAAAAAUAAAUAAAUCAUUUAAUGGAAAGAAAAUAUUUCUCAAUUUCAUUAAGCCAAUUUUGUAAAUCUAAUCAAAAGUGAAUCAGAAACUUUUGAAGAUAGUGAAUAUUAUUAUCAAUAACCUAUUGAAGAUUGUCCGCUUGGAAAUUAUUCACACUGAGUUCAAUAACAACAAAAUGAAAUAUUUAUUUCUUUUUUUCCAAAUAAUCA